AUGUCGGCGGUGUGGGUGAUAAAGGAGCGGGCCUCGCUAUCUCACAUUAUUACGUACUAUUGUUGCUUAUCCAAAAACCUUCUGGCGAACCUGACAUGUGCUGCGACGACAAUACAGCCAUCCACGAGAGAACUGCGAGACGAGAGUAGAGUCCACAGCAAGCUGGUUCAUUCGAGCAUCCAUCUACACAGUAAGCCUCACGAUUGA